AUGUCUGAACAAACGUUUGAUAUCCCAAAGGAGUGCUGGGCCGGCGUGGUCAAGAAUGAAGGGCCGGACUUUUAUGUCGAGGUCGAGAAGGUCCCAGUGCCUGAGAUAGAACCGGACGAGAUCCUCAUCAAGCUCAACGCCACUGGCUUGUGUCUGUCAGACAUCCAUUUCAUGAUGAACGACUGGAAUCUGCCCAAGAUGUCGGAGCUUGGGACCAAGUGUGCCGGUCAUGAGGGUGCAGGAGUCAUUGUCAAAGUCGGCGACAAGGUGACGAAUUUCAAGCCCGGCCAGCGAGCCGGCUACAAGCCGAUCCAGGACGUCUGCCAUAGCUGCGCGUACUGCAAGGCCGGCAAGGAGUCGUACUGCACCAAAGUUGUCUUCACUGGGUGCCACAUUGACGGCUCGUAUAAGCAAUACGUGAAGUGCCCCGAGCGGUAUAUGACGAUUAUCCCAGACGGUGUUUCAGAUCACGUUGCUGGACCCGUCAUGUGCUCCGCGGCAACGAUCUACUCUUCUCUCAAGCAUUCCGGCCUUCGAGCAGGCGAGUGGGCCGUCUUCCCAGGUGGCGGUGGUGGCGUCGGUAUUCAGGGCGUGCAGCUCGCCACUGCUAUGGGCUUGAGAUCGAUUGUUGUCGAUACGGGUGACGAGCGAGCGCAACUGGCUAAACACCAUGGCGCCGAAGUCUUCCUUGACUUCCAAAAGGAGGAGGAUACGGCAGGCAAGGUUGUAGAGCUUACAGAAGGAGGUGCCCAUGGGGUCUUUGUGACCGCUGUUCAGGCGUACCCCACAGCACUGGGCUAUUUGGGCCUCCGUGCAGGCGCAAAGGUCAUGUGUAUUGGCCUGCCACCAGCUGGCAAGUUCCAUAUCGACCUUGAUCCGAGCCAGCUUGUCUUCCGCAACCAGUCGAUCCAAGGCACACUAGUCAGCAGCGCGCAGGAAAUCGACGAGACUUUGGAUUUUGCCAAAAGAGGCAAACUGUCCCUGAAGCCAACCGUGGUCGGUCGCUCAAAAUGGAACGAGUCGGUCCAGAAGCUCAAGAACGGUCAGGUAGCGGGGUAA